UGCACAUGUUUCUGACAGAUAUUUCUGCUAAUGAUUGAUCAGCAUAAGACACUAUUUAAGGCUGGGAUGAAGACAGAAACUACAGAGUAGAAGUGUACAGACUGCCACUUUGAGAAUGGAGAUGACACUGUGUUUUCCACUGUUGCUGCUGAUCUGCUCUCUCUCCACGGCUCAGCAUCAGACAGAGUCUGACAAUGAAAUUAUUCCACGUGGAAAGCAAGCUGAAUCCCAGGGAAGAGAAGCAACAAAUGUCUCUGACCGCCAACAAACCUGCACUCAAGACAUCCAUGCUGUGCUGAGAGAGAUGAGCGCCUUGUUGGCUGAACAGAGGGUGGAGAUGAGGCACUUACAGAGAGAGAAUGAAGCACAAAAAGCUAAGCUGAAAGAACUGGAGCUACAGAAGACUGAGGUGGAGAGGCUGAAGACUGAGUCGGAGAGGCAGAAGCAACAACUUCAAGCACAAGCAGCAGAGCUGAUCACCGUGAAAGCCAGGUCAAAUGUCACAGAACACCAGGUGGAGGCUCUGAUGAGAGAUGGAGAAGUCAAACAGGUGGCUUUCUCAGCCUCUCUGUUGGCUUCAGGGUCAGGAGAUGUUGGACCAUUCAACACACACACUCCUCUGGUCUUCAGAUAUGUCCUCACUAACAUUGGAAAUGCCUACAACCCAAACACAGGUUUUUUCAUUGCACCAGUGAGAGGAGCCUACCACUUUGAGUUCUACAUAGGUGCACAUGGACAUGCUUCACAUGGUUCAGGCGCAAUGUUGGUCAAGAACGGAGGACAUACUUUUCUUGCAUAUGAGCAUCAGCCGUCCCAUUUUGCAAAAUCUUCUAAUGGUGCCACGCUGCUUCUAGAGGUCGGAGAUGUUGUGUUUUUGCGUCUGUGGGCUCACACAAAAAUAUUUGACGAUGUAAAUCACCACAGCACCUUCAGUGGUCAUCUGCUUUUCACCAUGUGAAACAGUCCUUUCUGUAGCUACAUGAUAGCUGUGCACACACUGCAGCAGUUUAUCAGUACAUGUUGAUAAUGAUUAUGUGAAUAUUUAAUGUUUUGGAGCCACACUUUCAGCAGUUUCAAAGUAAAUAUUAUUACAAUCUUAAUCUCUCACAUUUGAGUAAAGCUGCUAGACGCACUGCCGAAACAUAUAAACUGUGCUUUGUAUGCAAAAUGAUUAAUUAUUAAACUCAGCAGUUAAAUGUGAUUGAAAGUGGCUCUGUGGUACUCAUUAAUAAGAUUAUGGUGACCAUAUUAUUUAAAACAUACUGUACAGUUGCUGUAUUUUGAUCUCUGCCUGGAUCACUAUAAUGUUCCUGUAAUAUUUCUUUCUGCCUCUUCAUUCAAAUAUUAAACUGCUGUUGUUCUGGUCCACGCCAAGGUUUCCUGUAGAGAGUAAAAUGUUCUUGAAUGUAACACUCAGGUUGUGAUUAUUUUAUCUUUAACUGUUCCUCUGUGAUCUUUAUAGAGUUUAAUACUUAAUGUAAUAUUUACAAUGGCUAUAUGGCAAAUAAAGAGUACAAGUAUUGUGA